AUGUCAAAUCUCCCAUUAAGCAGCGCAGGCGGUGGCGCAGAUAGGAGAAGAUCGAGCCGGAACGCAACAUCGCCAGGCGGUGGGGUCGGAUCACCAAUGUACGGCGUCAAGAGAGCAUCGACUCCGGAGCCACAGUCAGCGAGGAAAUCUCCCAGGAGGUCAACGUCAUCUUCGGCUGCUGGAGCGGGCGCUAUUUCUUCGAGGGACAGCGUAGGAGCCUUGCCAAUGGCAUCUUUACAGCUCACAUCUCCAAGAGACAGUGAUGCAGCUGCUCUGGACGGCGAAUCCGACACUAUUGAACAAACACAACCUCUAUCUCCCGAAGAUGCAAGACCAGCCGAAUACGCGGUCCGCACGAUGUUCCAGCUACCGCACGAUGCCCUAGGAAACGACGAUUUAGCUCAGUUAGGCAUCAGCAACUUCUGCACACGAUACGUUAAAGGCAUCAUGAGCAAAGAAAGAUCCGAUUCAGAGGAUUGUUUCGAAAUGGUCUUUUUACUACUCAAAAAAUAUGGCCCGGGCGAAAUUUGGCAGCAUGCCUGGCCGAUUGAUACAUAUCUCAAGUGCGGUGUGGAUUUUGGCGGAGACUGGGAUGAUCCAUAUUCGCAGGCGGAAGUGGAAAGUCGAAGAUCUAGGGCGAGGGAGUUGGAGGUCAUUGGUGCGUCGAGAGAUGAUAUUGGAAGUUUUGCUUCGCUUUGUGAAGAUGCUAAGAAAGCUGGAUCGCUGUACUCGUUUCAGACUUUGCCUUCUUUAUUUAGCUCGGGGGCGGAAGGUGUCAAUGCCACUGUUGCUCGCUUCUUACAUCAAUUGAAGAGGGUGACAUGGUCGGCAUUGGAGAGCAUCAACAAUGAUGCCCGUUUGGUGAAGAAGUACGCUACUUGUCGGAAAUGGGGCCAGGAUUACAUUUCCGAGGCGAACAACUUGGAGAAAGAGACAAUUUUGGAAUCUGAGAGCGGUGAGCGUCGUCCAAUGUCACCUGGAGGAUGGGACUUUCGUCUUCAAUGGAGACUUAUGGGGAAGAAGUUUGCUGCAGGGAGACCUACGACUGAAGAUCAAGUGCAGUAUGAUGCAAUCCUUCUCUACGUGGAAGAGCUUUUCACACGCUACGGAACGCUGCAACUUCCACAGCCCAAGAGAGUCGAAGGAUCAAAUUUUGAUUGUAAAGAUUUUUGCGACACCAUGUGGAAAGCGCUUGAAAUUGAGCUCCAAAUGAGCGUCGACCAAGUUUAUGAAAGGUGGAAGGGAGUCCUCGGCGAAACCACCGAUCAAGAUGAACGCGGGAAGCUCAAGUCAAGGUUUACGAUAAUGCACACUCAUGUCGAAGCGGGCUGGGCGUAUGGUCUGGAGAAUCGUCGUCCAAGAGAGCAUCUCUGGCUGAGCAUCGAAAGACGUCUCAAUGCACUGGGGCUUCCAUCGACUGUAGCAGCAGAGUUCCGCCGGCUUUCAAACAUGGCUCAUAUUCUGGCCGGCAGUGGAAUCUUUGUGGCUCCUCCGAUUCUUCUUCCGGGCGUCGGAGCAGCCGAAUAUGUGUUUGAAGUCCUUGGACCGGCUUUCGUUGAGUACGAGUUGGCGUACUGGGGUCCGAUCUGGGACAGCUUUGCCAUCAGAAAUCCCAACAUGUACAUGCAGCGGUCUGACCUCAUUGCUGCAAAGACACGCAUGUGGGACAAGGCAAGAUCCGAUAAUGGACCUAUCUAUGGACCAGAACAGGAAGAUUGGAGGAUGAUGUGGGAGAAGCUGCGAGAUACAUUCGAGGCUCCAGAUCCUUCAAGUGUGCUCGCUGGUCGAUUCCGAGAUCUGCAUCAGGAAGUAGAGGGGCUUGUGGAAAUCUUUGGAGCCUUUGUAAGGCCGAGAUCCUCGCGGGGAAACUUUGUGUAUUCCGAAAAGAACUUCGCCGCGCUCACGCGUUCGGUGAGAAAGAGGAUGUCUUCGGCGGCAAAGAAAGCUUGUACGCAGUUUCAACACGUGGCUGUGAACGAAGAGGAGAGGCCUGCAUACGAAGCCCUUGUUGGGACGCUGCAAACCAACAUCCGUAAAGGAGGGCCAUACUUUGCACCUUGGAAAUUGCCUGUUAUACUUGAAUCUGAUAAAGAUCCAAGAGCAAGAGGUAGUGGAACUGAUCGAAGUGGCUUGAAAGGUACCUGGAAGUUCCAGGGGAAUGUCGGUAAAGGUGGUUUCGGUCAAGUCAGCAGCUGGCAUCAGAUCGAUGAGAACAACAACGUUAUUGAUCGUUUGAUUGUGAAAGAGGCAUACACGCCAUACACGACGGCGUGGGAUGAUCCAACUUGGUGGAUUGGAGACGUCGAUCUUCGCCGUCCCAAAGAGUACUUCUUCGCCAAGUAUCUUGCUGAGCUGCCAGGUGGAUCUUGUAUCACAAAGCCGAGAGCAUAUGCAAUCUAUGAGGGCAUCAAGAUGUACAGAUUGUAUAUGGAGUAUUGCCAGCAUGAAGACUUGCUCUUUAUACUGCAGCAGCACAUCGUAGCAGGCAGAAAUUCCGGGGCGAUAGUUGCGAUUCCAACUCGAAUGCUCUGGGCCGUGUUUGAAUCUUUGAUCGGUGCCUUGUGUCUGAUGCGCGAUGGAUGUUUGCCAGGCGGAUCGCCUCCCACGCCGCGCAAAGACGAGACCUUUGAACGCAUGAUGCAUUUGGACAUCAAGAAUCCCAACGUCUUUCUAGCUCGUUCCAGCCCACUCGAGUGGCCUCAACUCCCGAAAGCAAAGCUUGGCGAUUUCGGACUGGCUUGUUUAGAGACAGACAAAGAUUCCGAGAAAACGAGCAAGGGCACGCCUGGUUGGAAGGCACCGGAGCAAUUCGAUUACGAGGCCAAGGGCGUUGUAUCCAGGUUCGACCGACAGCCAACCACGACGGCCGCUGACGUGUGGGGAGUUGGGCGUAUCAUGUUGUCCCUGAUGAACGUCGAGCACGUGAAGGAAGAGGAUGCAUACACGUACGCGGAGGGGGUUCCCAACCUCAAAUUCAAGAGUUGGGUACGACCCCUUCACACAGCGAAGCUCUGUAAUCUGGUUGAGAGAUGUUUAGCAGAGCUUCCUGCAGAUAGAGCAGACUGUGCAGAGAUGUGGAGUGACAUUCGGGAGCAUACCACUUCAACUGAUCACCCUUCUGGUGUAUCCUUCAGGAAUAGGAUGCCUGACACGGAGGAGGUGCUGCACUUCAGGGACAAUCUGCCGCUCAAGUUGACAUCGCGAGCUGGCAGCGCGUGA